GAUCCAUCUGUACUGCUCUGGCGUGAGGAAGAACUGGGCAGAGAAGUGCAGGCGAAGGAAGAAGAGUUACAGACAGGCACCGAGCUCGUCGUGGAUGUGUGUUUAAUCACCACGAAUGACUACAGGGAGCGAACACUGAGAUCAUUUGGGGUUUCAACGUGUUACUAGGCUCAUGUUCUUUGACAUGACUAAGUUCUGCUGGAUCUGAUCGUCAAGGUUUUGGCGGAACAAGUUCUGACAAUAGAACCGGGUCUGUCUUCCAUCUCUGACACAUCUUCUCUCAACAAAGGCAGGGGUCAUGGUGUCCUGGAUCAUUUCCAGAAGCGUCGUGCUGCUGUUUGGGACAUUGUAUCCUGCAUAUUACUCCUAUAAAGCUGUCAAGACCAAAAAUGUUAAGGAAUAUGUUCGCUGGAUGAUGUACUGGAUUGUAUUUGCCUUGUAUACUGUGGUGGAGACAAUCACUGACAUGACCGUAGCUUGGUUCCCUCUGUACUAUGAGCUGAAGAUAGCCUUUGUGAUCUGGCUGCUGUCGCCCUACACCAGAGGAGCAAGUCUCAUUUACAGGAAGUGUCUACACCCCCUGCUGUCCUCCAGGGAGAGAGAAAUAGAUGAAUAUAUCGUGCAGGCCAAAGAGAAAAGCUAUGUGACCAUGGUGAACUUUGGCAAGCAGGGAUUAAGCAUUGCAGCCACUGCCGCUGUUACUGCUGCUGUCAAGGGUCAGGGGGCCAUAACAGAAAAGCUGCGUAGCCUGAGUAUGCAUGACCUCUCGCAGAUAGGCCAGCAGGACGACAGAGGAAACCCGCUGUACCAGUACAGCUCCCACUCAGCUAAUCCAGCAGUCAGAAGAUCUCAGAACACGGAACCUGGCUCCAGAGAUGAGUACUAUUAUGACCAGGAGGACGGGUCAGAUGAAGAGGCAGAACCAACGUUGUCUGAGGAUGAGGCUGUCAGUCAGAAAGGAUUGAGACGAUCCCAGAGUGUCAAGAUCACAAGAUCCAAAGGCCGCAAAGAACAGCUUCGUUAUGGAUCACUGAAGAUUAAAGGCAAGAAGAGACCUGCACUGAGCUCCGUUAACUACGGAGUUUCUUGAGACUACUGCAAAGCGGUCUGCUGAUUGGUGGAUGGUGUUGUCAUCUUGUUUUUCAACUCUGACUUUUCACUCUGCUGAAAUCUGUGAUGACCUUGUGAUCUGGUGACAUAUUUAUUACCUAGUUCAUCUAAAAGCAAUAGCUCACAGAGCUUUUCCUCUCAGAGCAUUUUUGAGGGGAGUUAUGGUAUAUCUGGCGUAUUUUUUAGGGAUUUAAUGUUAUUGGAAUAGUAAAGAUUUAGUGUAUUAUGUUUAAGACACAUUUCUCAUAAUCAGCUCUGUCAUUUUAUACGAAUAAUGUGGUACCACUUUCUAAUCAGCUAUGCCUUGAGAUUUAAUGUUUCUUAUACUUUUAAUAUUAAUUGAAUUUUGUACUUGUGCUUUCCAAAAUAGUUUAUACCAAAAUAAGCAUAAAAUAUCGGCUAUAAGAAUUUCAAGUUCUUGUGGCUGAUGGGCGUCCUCAUAGUACAAGACCAUUGUGUGUCUUAUUAGGUUUGAACACAUGUGGACCACUGUCAGAAAUCUAAGAAUGUUCUCUUUGUACGUUGGAUUAUUUCUUUGGAUCAUUUUUAAAAAUGCUGUUUUAGAAUCAUUGGUUGCUUGAACCGAAAAAUUUGCUUUUAGUGUUGGUGUAUAAAUGAGGCGCUGUUUCUUCUCACCUUUAUUCCUUCGUUUCGAUGUGGCAGCAGAUGGUCAGGCAUUCUGAUCACAGCUGAGUCUUGUGUUCCAGUCCGAUGUCUUACGCAUGUCUCAGAACACAAACUGGGAACAUAUUUUACCUCGAUGGACUUAAAGCCAGGCGUGUUGGAGUCCCUGGAACCCCAGCAGCUCGACACUGCACCUCGUCCUCAUCAGAGAGGGACACAAAGAAAACCAAAUCCACUGAUCAACAAAGCUCCUGGCUUUUGGAAGAGUUUUUCAGCUUGUGUUAAGGCACACUUCCUCAUUCUAUCACUAAGUGGAAUUCUUUUCUUUUUCUGCCUUUCAUUUAUUUCUAGAAGAUCAUAAUUGUAAAUUUCAAGCUGUAAUUAUUCUGGUUGUCGAUGGUUUGCUUUUUUACAACUUUUUGUGAUCAAUAUACUUUUUAUUGUAACAACCUAAUUUGCACAAUAUUUUAUACCUGUGCUGGUGUUGCUUUUCAUCUCAACUUUUUCUAAUCUAGUCUUUUGUGGGAGGAUGCUGUGUAUGAGACCAACCAAACCAUGUUAAUGCAGGAUGCUAUUAAUAUUAGCAGCAGUUUUAUGAGGGACUUGUUGUUUAGCUCAGCAUUCCUCUGACUCGGUGUGUUUCUAACAUCCCUAUGAACAAUCUGCAGCAACAAGUCUGUGUGUGUUCGUGUGUUGGUGUCCAUUCAAUGCUCAUAACUGACUAAUGAAACCAAAGCCUGAUGUGCCCAUCAGAGGUGUGUGGACGCAGUUUUCUUUUUAUGUUUGGAUGAGUGUUUUCUGAAAGGUAAAAACACUAAAAUAAAAGCUGACUGUCCGUAUAAAGUCAAA